GAUGCUGUGGGCCGGGCUGCGGAGGGGGUGGCGUUGAGGGGCCAGACUGGAGACGGGGCGGGCAGGAGGCGGUGCGCUCGGGGCCGGGCUGGACUUGGGGCCGAGCCUGGCAGCGGGGCGGCAGUUCCGUGGUGUCUGUUCCGCAGGUGCAGCGGCGGCAGCCUGAGCAGAGACGGCUCCACGUCGUUGGGAGGAGGAGCAGAAAGAGAGAAAGCAGCGGAAAGGACCGACCGUGCGCUCUUUUUGCGCGGAGACCGUGCCCUUCCUCUCCAGAUCUCCGCCGCCCGCCUGCAGUGCCCUCCUGUCCCCGCGGGGCCAGGGCCAUGUCGGGGCCGGGCCCGGGGGAGCCGGACGAGCAGUACGAUUUCCUGUUCAAGCUGGUGCUGGUGGGGGAUGCGAGCGUGGGCAAGACGUGCGUGGUGCAGCGCUUCAAGACGGGCAGUUUUUCGGAGCGCCAGGGCAGCACCAUCGGUGUGGAUUUCACCAUGAAGACGCUGGAGAUUCAGGGAAAGCGGGUCAAGCUGCAGAUCUGGGACACCGCUGGCCAGGAGCGUUUCCGCACCAUCACCCAGAGCUAUUACCGAAGCGCCAAUGGAGCCAUUCUUGCCUAUGACAUCACCAAAAAGAGCUCAUUCCUCUCUGUUCCUCACUGGAUUGAGGACGUCAGAAAGUACGCAGGGGCCAACAUAGUCCAGCUGCUGAUUGGAAACAAGUCAGACCUAAGUGACCUUCGAGAGGUUCAGCUGACAGAAGCCCAGCUCCUGGCCGAGCGUUACGAGAUCCUCUGCGCCAUCGAGACGUCUGCCAAGGAUUCCAGCAACGUGGAGGAGGCCUUUGUGAAGGUGGCCACCGAGCUCAUGAUGAGGCAUGGUGGGCCCGUGUUCAGUGAGAAGAACACAGACCACAUCAAACUUGACAGCAAGGACGUGGUGGAGGGCUGGGGCUGUGGGUGCUGAUGGCGGUAGGCUAGGGUGGAGGGCAGGCCGAGAGGCAGCGCCGAUACAGAUGGAGUGAUAGACAGUGCUAAUACUGUAGUUUUCUUUGACCUAAUGCUAAGUAGUGUUAUUGCAAUAACUCCUGCCCCAGAAUGGGGGACCAAUGAUUCUGUAGCGGCCAGAGCAGUUAUGAUUGUGCUUUGCUGAUUUUUUUUUUCUUUUUAAAAGGGACAUAGUUAAGGCAGUGGGGUCUACUGGAAUGGCCAUAAUGCACAAGGGGAAAGUUUCCCUGAAGGAAGGAUUGGGGGUACAUUUAGCUUAGCCUCUGAGGUCUCUUCUGGCUCCUUUGCUAUAAGGAUAACUUAUUUGAGGUAAAAGUAGUUUCUGCCCCACAUCUUUUGCCUGAGUCCCUUUAAAUAAAGCCUUCACAUUUCAGGAGCCGUCCACACUCCCAAAGUUACUUGGUGAAGCAAGUGGAGAAAAUUGUCCUCAGCUCUGAAAGGGAGGUGAUACCCUUUGAGAUCUUGAGGUACCACUCCCACCUUCCUCUAUCUCCACCCAUUUCCCCCUGCCAAUCCUGGUUUCUAUCAUGGUUAUUCUGAUCAUUCAGACUAUAAUGAGGCCAAGAGCUUUUUUCUUUUUCUUUUUUUUUUUUAGGUCAGCUACCCAGGGGCCCACCUGGGUGAAGUGGAGUUUGAAUAGGGUUUAGGUCCUUUUUUUUUUCCUGUGUUUGGUUUUCAUACUGUUUUGAUGACUUGGUUGUUUCCAAGUGACUCUGGUCACUUCAGGUUUCUUUUCUUGGCCCAAGGUGCAAUCUGCCCUUUCCAGGGCCACCCCUUCUGUAAACUGAAUUGGACGAGCAGGGUGUGGUGAGUGCCAUCUUGGCACCCAUCAGCUCAGCUCAGCCUCCCCUCUCUCCUGAGGACCCAAAGUAAGAGGGUGGGAAGAGGCCAGACUCAGACUUGUUCUAGCUUAAAGUUGUGCUGUUUUUCCUAGUCCCCACCUACCUGGGGUUCUUCAUUCCUACCCUCUCUGAGCAGGAGUGAUGGCUUUCCUUUAAGAGUGAUUAAACAGCUAAAAUGUUCUGAGGAGCAGGUAUGGAGGAUGGGGAGGCAAGCCUCAGACAAAGACAAGAGGGAGGAGUUCAGUUGCAAUUCCCCCAGACCAGCUGUGAUCGUGUAUUCUCUUUCUCAGUGGAAACUAGUUCCUGAGAAGUUUUAUAUUUUUAGAAGAAAUGUAAACCUGUUAAUUAAACAGAAAGUGAAACUACCCCAGAGGCACAGGGAGGUAUGAGGCCCUUCCAGUCUGCUUUUGACUCAUGGGUAGGGGAAGGAAAGACUCAUCAUUAUCUUGAGGCCCAGAGAUUCAGACUUGAGAAUGCUUGGAGAUUUCUCUCAGAGCAGUCCCCUACAGCUCAUCACUGAGUCAGAGGAAAGAGAUAGGGGCAAGGUUGGCACCAACUCAUAUCAGCUCCCUGUUAGCAGAACAGUGGUGGCCCGAGGUAGGGCCAGAAAUUCCCCUCUGCUGCUUUUCUGCCACUCUUCAGGAAAUGGGAGGCCCUACUGAGAGUUAGGUUUUUCCUCCAGACUUGAAUCUGCUCAGACAAUGAAAAGUAAGUUCAUCCUAUUUCACCCUCCUUGCAAAAUAUAGCCCCACUCUUCUGGGCACUGUAGGUCUCUUAGAAAUAGUUUAGUGAACCCCUAAGGAGCAGCGUUGAAGCAUACUAGUGCCACCAGAAGCUUGCCCAGAAGUGGCUGGCCCAUCAGGGUUUUCAUACACACAGUUUUCUGCUUGGCUUUUAUCAGCCAGGUUCUGUACCCCUAGUACUCUGCCUUCAUGUUUGUCCCUCUCUGGGAUGCCAACGUUGGCCUGCCCGUCACUGCCUCCCUCUUCUUCCCAGGUAUCUGAUGUUGCCCUCAUUGCUACUAGGUACUGAGCCUCCUGUGACUUUGAAAUUUAGCUUCCCUGCCUCUGAUUCCUUCAGGACCCUACUUAGAGGGACAGUUUUUAACUUUUAAUCUGUGAGGUUAAUGGAAAAUAAGAAAAGGCUUUAUCUGCUGUAUCUCCAGGCCUUAUCUCUUGGGUACCUAGUGAAUCUGGGCACAUUCUCAGGGGCUUUCUAAAGUCAAAGUGCCCUAUUUUUGUUACCUCUGUGUAGAAUUUUGAAGGGCAAAAAAUAACACAUCCUCAACUUACCACUGUGUAAUUCUGUCUUCCCACUCUGAUAAUAUAGGCUGCUUGGUGUCCUCAGAUACUUUCUUUGGAUUUCAGGAUUAGAAUUCUCCCCAUCCAUUCACCCCUGAAGGAGGUAGGCUCUGACAUGCUCCCACCCUCCCUUCCAGGCUAGACCCUGGGGAUGGGUGGAACCAAGCCAGGAUGACUGCAGGCAUUGCUGAGCAAUGAAAGCAGGUUGGAAGAGUGAGCAGCUGCUAGCCUUCCGAAAGGGGAACUCUUCCGUGUUGAGGUCUGUCCCCAUUCUGGCCUCAUAGAAGGCAGCUACACACAGAAAAAGGUAAUGAUGAUGGAGUUGGCUGAACUUGUCUAGGAAAGGGGGGCCUCGCUCCUCCCAAACUAUCCCCUCUCUCACUUCUCUCCCAGGCCUUCUCUCUCCCAAAGCUGAUAUCUCAACUUUCCCAGAAUCUGCAUUUCCAAAAUCUUGGAUUCUGCUAAAUCAUCAAAUCUUAAUGAUUCGGAGGAUGGUUGUGCCUUAAGGAGGUUGUUUGCCUCUUCAUGAUGUGGGGUGAGGGGACUAGGACAUAGUACCUAGAAGCUUUUUUUCUUUCUGGGUCUGGAUCAGGAAGACUUCUUCAUGCUCCCAACAAAAAGUGCUGGUCUCCAAUGCACAGAAGUCCCUCUGUCUUGUCCCCAGUACAGAAUCAAGUAGCUAGACUCCUUGAGGGGGUCUAGCCCCUCAAGUAGCAUCUGAGAUGUGUUUAGAAAAAAGCUGCACUAUUACCAGAUCUCUCUUAAUAGUGGAAAGGGGAGAAGGGGCUGGAGAAUAUCCCUGGCUAUAGCUACCACCCAUUUGAAGUUGUAGAACUGCCUGGGUGUUGGGAAAGGAAACCAUCCAGAAUCUGGAAGCCAGAUCUCUCUCACUUCCCCGGGUUAUUGUGAGGUAAGGGCUUUGCAUAUAUAAGACACUGGGCAAGGUGAACAUAAUCAUUUCCUAGGGCUAAAAUGGGACCAGUGGUUUCUCCUACCCACCUUAGCACGUACAGAUUGCUAUUUCCCUAAGCUGGGGAUAGCACUGUUACUCAGACCAUCAUCCACUAUAGAAUCUCCCUUUUCUACAGAGGCGCAUGUUGAAUUUUUGUCAGCCCACAGCCUUGGCUUGCGUUUUCAUUCUGUUGGUUUCUCAGCCCCCCAUCUUUUCCUUUUCAACCCCUAUGCUGCUGCCAAGUUAGAGUUUACUGUAUAUUAGUUGCAUUUGGGCUGAAGAAAGGGCUUUGGUUAAAAAGGUGUGCCUUGACUACAAGACUUGGGGUAGGGGCGUUCCUGGUCAUCUGGGACAGCAGAUAAUGAGGUUUGUGUUUCUCUUGUAAAAGAAAGGUAACUCUUGGUAUCUGUCGUGGCUUUUGUGGAGGAUAAUUUCAACUUUUUGCUGCUGUUUCCUUAGUUUUAGCAAGGUCCCUUCCUCUAUUUCCCUUGACAUCAUGUCUUGAAUUUCCCAUGUAGAGUAGAAGUUAAGGCCAGUUUUUAACUCUCCCUUGCCCCCAAAAACCCAGUUUCUCCUAUUUCAGUGGCACCUCAGGUUUAGAAGCUGACCACUUUCUUGCUUCCCAAAUCCAGUCUAAUGCUUAUCCUUCAACUUCUCCAUUUCUUUUGACUCCUGGCACCCCUGCCCUACUACAGCUUCUGAUCACCUCAAGCUUGGAUUACACUAAGAACCUCUUUCCUGGGCCUCUGCUCCCUUCUCUUCCCCCUGGGACACCUCCUCCAUGUCACCAGACUUAUCUUGCCUCAAGUCCAUAUCUGAUACCAUUCCCCUUGAUACCACCCACACACUCACCUUUGCCUGCUGAAUAAAUCCCCAAUUCAGCCUACCAUUCAAGACCUUCCAUUACUUUUCUAGUCUUUUCCUACGAGAUGUGAUCCUUUCCCAGCACUGUUCCUUAUUAUUGAACCCUGCCUGGAAGUCCCCCUGAUUCCCCCGACCCGUUUCACCCACUAUCUCCAUCCAUCAAAAUCUUCACCAAACUAGAAGGUCCUGAUUAAAGGCUACCUCUUUCCCCAGGUAACAAAUCCUCCCCACCCUCCCUUUACUAAGUGGCAUUGCCACUUAUCAAGUGGUGGUGGUCUUGCAUGGAUAGCUAUCCCCUCUGCAAGCUCCCUGAGUGCAAGGAUCCCAUCUUAUUUAGCUUUGCCCUAGGGCCUACCACAGUGCCACACAUUGAUAGGUUCUAAGUGUAUAUUAAAUGAAUGCAAUAUAUAGAUCUAAAAGGAAUUGGGAAAGUCGUUUUCAUUCCACUUGGGCCUUGAGAAGAACAGGUGUUUCCUUCCAUCAGCCUGGUGAUGGAAGCCAUUAGAGACUAUUGGUUAACUGCUUAAUUUGGUUUAGGCGAGCCCCAGCCUUCUUAAAUGUCCUUCCCUGUGGCACCUCCCCCACCCCCUAGAGUGAGGAGAACCUGUUCUAAUCUCUUCCUUGUUUAUAAAUUACCAAAGAGCAGGGGGAGAGGCUGCUAGGGCCAAGUGCAGCCAGCCAGGCCAGCGGGGGAGGUUUGCUGUUCUGGAAGCAAACAGCCCGAAGUGGACACUGGCUUCUGAUGGAAUUUCAUCUCCAACCAACUCCGACAGGCCAGGCCAGUUUGGGUUUCAGUUGUAGUUAACAUGACCCAGGGAAGCCUGGGAUGGCCAUAGCUUUAUCCUAGCAUCAUGUGGAGGUUUGAGAAACAUGUUAAGGUUCGGGUGAGUUUGCCUCACUAUCUCCCAGGUGUCUGAACUGUCUUAUCUUGGCCAUCUGCUGAGAAGGCUUGUUGAAUGACCAGGGUUUACAUGUUGUAAUGUGUUUAAAAUAGAAACUGGAAACAGAUUUGGGCAUUCUCUACCCUGAAGAGGUAGGGAUGGGGAAUCAUUCCAAGACUGUAUAGGGUUUUGUUUUGGGGUUUUGUUUUGUUUUUUUUUUUCAUUUUUGUGAAACUGCCACCCCCCCCAGAUAGCUCUGCCCUGAAUCUGGGGGAGAGCAUAGAAGCCCUCAGUCUGUCUGUUGGUCCCUCGAGGGCAGAAGGUUGAGAUCCAGCAUGGAAUCUGGAUUGCCUAUACAUGUAGGAGGGAAGAAUGCUCUUAAUUCAUAUUGAAUUCAAUUAUUUCAUUUCCAAAAUUACUUCAGAGAUGACAGUGUUGGGUGGCCACCUUUGGGGUCCCCUUUUUUCUCUCUUCUGUCACUUUCUCUGUUUCCUGUAGCUCCUCAGUCGCUUUUCUCCUCAGGAGAACACAGGGAACCAUUCUCUUUUUUUGACUUGACCUACCCAGAUAAGGCCAAGGCAAUUUGGAAUGUGAGGCCUUGAGAGUGAACUUUGUAUACUUUAGUCAUGUUUUGAUAUUUUACCUUUCAUCUAUUUAUGGAUUUAUAAACUUUAUUAAUAAAAAAUGUUUAUUUUUAAAAAAUAUGAAACUUGCCUUUUGGAAAAUUUUAGCAGAAUUAUAGUUGCUACAUCCCUGUACACCAUUAAACAGAUUUCAUUAAAAAAGAAAAUGGACAUGCAAA